GUUCGUCUGUUGAAAAUGGCUGCCAAUGUGGGUGCUAAAAUUUUCCGUGAUUUUUUUCGGGACAGUCCCUGUCGGAUGGCAUAUCUUUUGAAACCCGUGGAAGCUUCUGCACCGAGACUAUUGUCCAGCAAAAUUGUUGUGCGGCCAAAGACAGCUCCAAAUCCUCGGAUAAAUCGAACAACCGAUGCAUCCUCAGUGUCUCUGGUGUCAGCAAGACCAGUUUCACGAUUUGAUCGGUACGUAGAACCGGCGACCAUAUCGAAACCCUCUACCGUUUUAUCAAAGCAACCAUGUCCACCGUGUGCAAAAAUUAAAAAGAAUUCAACGACGGAUUCGAAAUCUGUGCGCAAGGAUACCUCCAAGAAGCACCGUACCUCCAGUUCCGGUAGCGUUGGACAACCAAAAAUACUGAACACAGUUCAGAAACGUGACCCGCAGCCAAGAAAACCGGGCUGCAAAGUGUGCUUACCGAACGAUCCGACAGGAUUUUUGCUAAGCGAAAUCGAUCACAUUCGGGACCGUAUUUUGGAUCGUCCGGAUAGUAUCAGCUGUCGACAGGCGAUUGCACUGGCUCAAGAUAUACGAAACCGGGUUGAUGCUAUUGUUCUUCCGGCGGGAAGUAAUGGUGAGCGUGAGACGCGUGUAAAGUUUAUCGGUGGUCGUGUGGAAAGCUUUGGAAAGAUUCCGGAUCAGAAGCGAAGAUCGAUAACGGAUACGGAUCGUAAUGUUAAGCGGGCGAAAAUUGUUCUCGACAAGAAGGUUACAUCGUCACCGUUAGGUGGUUGGAUGCGUUUCGAAGAGGAACGCAAGGAUAUCAAACAUGAACGAUCAUGA